UUGUUUAGCGUGCGUAAGCUCCUCUUCAAAAUAUUUGUUCUGGGACCCUCAUGUCAGUUGGAAUGGAUACUUUCUACCAAGUUUCCAUAGCUGAUGUCGCACUCCUCCUGCCGCUCUCUGUGCUGACCGUGGUGUCAAACUCCUUAGUUAUAGUAACAAUAUGGAAAGAUCCAUUGAACAACCUCAAAGCAAUUCCAAACUACUUGAUCUUAAACCUCGCCGUUAGUGACUUGUUGGUGGGUAUUCCGGGCGAGUUACUUAUCGCUCUUCAAUAUUGGUUUCCAUACGAAAGCAUUUUGCGCGCCUCGGACAUGGCAGUGAAUCUUGGUUUUAGUUCCUCAGGUCUGACAAUCUUGGGCCUUGCAGUUGAACGACUGAUUGUGAUUUCUUUCCCGUUAAAGAGUGCAGAUUAUUUGACGUACACUAGUCUAACACUUGGAUUUUUGUGCAUCUGGCUCUUCGCUGGGUUGAUGACAUUCCUUCCCGAGCUUCAGUGGGAUUCAAUUUUCAGAAACAGAGUGGUCAUUACCGAUGCUGUCUGCAUCCCGUCGUUCUUCAUAAUAUGCUCCUGUUACGCAAGAAUGUUCUUUCUGGUGAGAAAAGGCUGUUAUCGAAAUUUAAAGACUGAAGCCGGUUUUGAAGAGCGACAAAGUUUAACAGAAAAUGCUCGAGAGAUGGAAAAGAUAAAAAGAAGAGAGAGGAGCGUUAUGCGUUGUGUGGCUAUCCUGAUUGGGUUAUUGAUGGUAUGUUGGACACCUUACAAGGUGUUGGUAAACAUGGUUCAAUUUUGUGGAAAACGCUGUGUUAUUACUGACGAAUUUGAAUUCAUAGCAUAUAGUUUACGUUUUCUGUAUUCGCUGAUCAAUCCGAUUGUUUAUGCGCUGUGCACAAGAAAGUUUCGACGGGCACUUUGGAAGAUAAUCUGUACGUGUAAAUGUGCGCGGCCAAGAUAAGCUUUUAAAAGGGAGCUUAAGCAACGAUAGCCUGCGAGUAGGCUCUCAUCGUCGGUGGCACGAGCAAAGCUGUCGACGAGCGAAGCUAGGCCCCUCACCGGCUUGCUUCCCAAACGACUUAGCUCCUGCCGCAAAACAUGAGAGCCUUCUCGCAGGCUAAAGCAACGACGACGACGGUGCGAGGUCAAAAAUGAAUUUAUAUUUUACCAGCGAAAUUCGUAAUUUUCUAGAUCUGUUCAGUAAGCCAAUGGCUCUAAAGACGUGCUCAGGCAAAAUAUGCAAUGACAGCGUUCAACUCCAAAUGGAAAUACAAAAAAUUAGCCGUCGUCGUUCGCG